CGAUUCGCCACUUGAAGUACCGAACCGUUGAAGACCGUUUUUCUAGUCAUUAGCGUAAGGGCAGUGAUCGAUGCCGGAGGUUUGACUCUCCGGGAGUUUUUGGGGUCUCUAUUUUUCGAACCGUGUGACUAGCGUUAGUGUUUAAUAGUUGAAAAUGUUUCAAAGUUUUAUUGCGCUACUGUUCACUUCGGGUUUUGUCAUAGUGAGUGGCAGGAGUGCCCCUAGUGCGUUUGCCGAUUUGAGUGCCAACGAUCAGCUGUGGCAGCCACAUGGCUACGAACACGAAAUGAUCCCGUUGAUGGAAGAUGAUUGGCGUCCGAAGCAGCAAUUAUCGAGAACCGGAUGUGAGUGUAGACCGAACAGUAAAGUUCGAUACUUGAAGACGCCCAAGAUCAGGGCCCUUCUGCGACGCAACGAUCUAGAGCUGGACGAUCCGGAGGAAGCGAUGGAACACUUUCUGGAAGAAUACCUGCUGAGAUUGUACUUGAAACGGGGAUUGGUAAUUUCUCCACCGGUGGUCGCCAAUAGGAGGAAAAUUUACAACCCAAAAGUCCGCACUCAAAAGCAGGUUCAAAAUCUGCCAGCUUUCCAGCACGAAAAGGCUUCCUACUCGGAUGCGGACAACUACCGGAUGAGCCACAGCAGUCGUUUUUACAGCCAGGAACCGGUGCCGGGACAGUUGCUCUAUCCACCGGUAUCGCCAAAUUUCCAACCAACUGUGCGGCCCUACCAGAACAUGAUUGGACACGUGCUUUCCAAACCGAGAUACGUUUCACCGAAGUUGCUGCCUCACUAUCUCAACAAAACCGUAACUGUGACACCAUCAUCAUCAUCAUCAUCAUCAUCAACCAAUUCCAAAGUCCAGGUGCGAAACAUUCUACAAACUGGGUUCAACGAUCCGGAAGAAUCUUCCCAAAUAAAAGUACAAAAUGAUAAAAGAAUAAAGUAUGGUAAAAAUUCGGGCUACAUUAGCAUCCCUAACGUUAAGCAUAAUAGCACUGAGGUCGAGAAGUUAUAAUAAAAGACGUCUAAGCGUUUUUAUUUGUUAUUUAUUCAGCAAAAAAGCGAUUCACAGACCUCGCUUAGAUUUUGGAAUAAGAUCGGCUAACGGUUUUCCGAUUCAAGAGUAAAGCGAACACAAAGAUUUCCCACAAAAUGAUAGCACUUCCAAUCGUCUGGGACAAUUUUCGAGCACCCAUACCCUACCAGCAUUGAAAAGUGGCGAAAAUAAGCUGACUGUCAA